CCGCCGCCACUCAGCGAGUCAGAGCCAGAGUCGGAGUUCACGGAGUCGGAGUCACGGACUCUCACCGCCGACUAGUCACAGUCUGUCGACAUGCGUACUCUGGCAGUGCUUGCGGUCCUGGUCAGCCUGGCAGCGGCCAACACCAUCCAGGACUGUGGACUGACCCCGAACGCAGUGUUCCACGAUGCCAGCGUCACGCCCGACCCGGUCAUCGUGCCGGGCCCGAUGACGCUCAAGUUCCAGGGUGACCUGACCGCCGACUGGCCGGCCGAUAUGAUGAUUAUGGUGGAGGUUAUCAAGGAGGACCCAUUCGACAUCGAGGUGCCUUGCUUGAACGGCCUCGGCAGCUGUGAGGUCGACAUGUGCGCGUACAUCACCCAGUACCCGGAGGCGUUCUGUCCUCUGUUCCCGCCGGAGGUGCCGUGCUCGUGCAGCCUGCUGGCCGGCCACUACCAGUCGGAUGGCUUCACGCUGACACUGCCCGACCUCGGAGAGGCAAUCGACUCCGUCAUCGCCGGCGGUUACCAUGGCAACGUGACACUGUACUCCAAGUCUGCGCCGGAGACUUUGCUCGGCUGCGUCCGGUUUGACUUCCAGCUGGAGUACGUUCCGCCCAGCUAAUCUGAACACGAUGGCGAGGGAGGAGAGGGAAACGAAAUGCCUUUCAUGACAAAACUAUUUGUAAACCAGAUAUAAGGCAGAUAAAUAUAAAUAUCAUCAGUCGUUUGUGAUAUUGAUGUGAUGCGAAUUGCGAUCAUGCAAAUUCGAUGAUGUGUGAGAACAUGAGUGAUGCGAGCCACGCUAAGAUCAUCGCCCAACAGGCCGACACAUAUACAUAUUCGUCGUAAGCUCACCUCUACUAUAACGUUGGUGUUAAAGGCACUCAGUGCGCGUCUGCAGUAAUAUUCCAGGGCCAGGCUAGCCGUGGAAAGCCAAGAGUAUUUGCGUCGCGAUUUUGCGUUGGUUUGACCAGUCUCGCAAUAAAUGUGUUUCAAAUGCCUUA